AUGCUGUGGUUCGUGCAGUCCUCUCUUCUCUCUCCUCAGUCCUCUCUUCUCUCUCCUCAGUCCCUCUCUUCUCUCCCUCCUCAGUCCUCUCUUCUCUCACCUCAGUCCUCUCUUCUCUUCUCUCUCCUCAGUCCUCUCUUCUCUCUCCUCAGUCCUCUCUUCUCUCUCCUCAGUCCUCUCUUCUCUCUCCUCAGUCCUCUCUUCUCUCACCUCAGUCCUCUCUUCUCUCUCCUCAGUCCUCUCUUCUCUCUCCUCAGUCCUCUCUUCUCUCUCCUCAGUCCUCUCUUCUCUCUCCUCAGUCCUCUCUUCUCUCUCCUCAGUCCUCUCUUCUCUCACCUCAGUCCUCUCUUCUCUCUCCUCAGUCCUCUCUCUCUCUCUCCUCAGUCCUCUCUUCUCUCACCUCAGUCCUCUCUUCUCUUCUCUCUCCUCAGUCCUCUCUUCUCUCUCCUCAGUCCUCUCUUCUCUUCUCUCUCCUCAGUCCUCUUCUCUCUCUCUCUUCUCUCCUCAGUCCCUCUCCUCACUCCUCAGUCCUCUCUCUCUCUCCUCAGUCCUCUCUUCUCUCUCCUCAGUCCUCUCUUCUCUCUCCUCAGUCCUCUCUUCUCUCACCUCAGUCCUCUCUUCUCUCUCCUCAGUCCUCUCUUCUCUCUCCUCAGUCCUCUCUUCUCUCUCCUCAGUCCUCUCUUCUCUCUCCUCAGUCCUCUCUUCUCUCUCCUCAGUCCUCUCUUCUCUCACCUCAGUCCUCUCUUCUCUCUCCUCAGUCCUCUCUUCUCUCUCCUCAGUCCUCUCUUCUCUCACCUCAGUCCUCUCUUCUCUUCUCUCUCCUCAGUCCUCUCUUCUCUCUCCUCAGUCCUCUCUUCUCUUCUCUCUCCUCAGUCCUCUCCUCACUCCUCAGUCCUCUCUUCUCUCACCUCAGUCCUCUCUUCUCUUCUCUCUCCUCAGUCCUCUCUUCUCUCUCCUCAGUCCUCUCUUCUCUCUCCUCAGUCCUCUCUUCUCUCACCUCAGUCCUCUCUUCUCUCUCCUCAGUCCUCUCUUCUCUCACCUCAGUCCUCUCUUCUCUCUCCUCAGUCCUCUCUUCUCUCUCCUCAGUCCUCUCUUCUCUCUCCUCAGUCCUCUCUUCUCUCUCCUCAGUCCUCUCCUCUCACCUCAGUCCUCUCUUCUCUUCUCUCUCCUCAGUCCUCUUCUUCUCUUCUCUCUCCUCAGUCCUCUCCUCACUCCUCAGUCCUCUCUUCUCUCUCCUCAGUCCUCUCUUCUCUCUCCUCAGUCCUCUCUUCUCUCUCCUCAGUCCUCUCUUCUCUCUCCUCAGUCCUCUCUUCUCUCUCCUCAGUCCUCUCUUCUCUCACCUCAGUCCUCUCUUCUCUCUCUCCUCAGUCCUCUCUUCUCUCUCCUCAGUCCUCUCUUCUCUCACCUCAGUCCUCUCUUCUCUUCUCUCUCCUCAGUCCUCUCUUCUCUCUCCUCAGUCCUCUCUUCUCUUCUCUCUCCUCAGUCCUCUCUUCUCUUCUCUCUCCUCAGUCCUCUCCUCACUCCUCAGUCCUCUCUUCUCUCUCCUCAGUCCUCUCUUCUCUCUCCUCAGUCCUCUCUCCUCACUCCUCAGUCCUCUCUUCUCUCUCCUCAGUCCUCUCUUCUCUCUCCUCAGUCCUCUCUUCUCUCUCCUCAGUCCUCUCUUCUCUCACCUCAGUCCUCUCUUCUCUCUCCUCAGUCCUCUCUUCUCUCACCUCAGUCCUCUCUUCUCUCUCCUCAGUCCUCUCUUCUCUCUCCUCAGUCCUCUCUUCUCUCACCUCAGUCCUCUCUUCUCUUCUCUCUCCUCAGUCCUCUCUCCUCACUCCUCAGUCCUCUCUUCUCUCUCCUCAGUCCUCUCUUCUCUCUCCUCAGUCCUCUCUUCUCUCUCCUCAGUCCUCUCUUCUCUCUCCUCAGUCCUCUCUUCUCUCUCCUCAGUCCUCUCUUCUCUCUCCUCAGUCCUCUCUUCUCUCACCUCAGUCCUCUCUUCUCUCUCCUCAGUCCUCUCUUCUCUCUCCUCAGUCCUCUCUUCUCUCACCUCAGUCCUCUCUUCUCUUCUCUCUCCUCAGUCCUCUCUUCUCUCUCCUCAGUCCUCUCCUCACUCCUCAGUCCUCUCUUCUCUCUCCUCAGUCCUCUCUUCUCUCUCCUCAGUCCUCUCUUCUCUCUCCUCAGUCCUCUCUUCUCUCUCCUCAGUCCUCUCUUCUCUCACCUCAGUCCUCUCUUCUCUCUCCUCAGUCCUCUCUUCUCUCUCCUCAGUCCUCUCUUCUCUCUCCUCAGUCCUCUCUUCUCUCUCCUCAGUCCUCUCUCCUCUCUCCUCAGUCCUCUCUUCUCUCACCUCAGUCCUCUCUUCUCUCACCUCAGUCCUCUCUCUCUUCUCUCUCCUCAGUCCUCUCUUCUCUUCUCUCUCCUCAGUCCUCUCUUCUCUUCUCUCUCCUCAGUCCUCUCCUCACUCCUCAGUCCUCUCUUCUCUCUCCUCAGUCCUCUCUUCUCUCUCCUCAGUCCUCUCUUCUCUCUCCUCAGUCCUCUCUUCUCUCUCCUCAGUCCUCUCUUCUCUCUCCUCAGUCCUCUCUUCUCUCUCCUCAGUCCUCUCUUCUCUCACCUCAGUCCUCUCUUCUCUCUCCUCAGUCCUCUCUUCUCUCUCCUCAGUCCUCUCUUCUCUCUCCUCAGUCCUCUCUUCUCUCUCCUCAGUCCUCUCUCCUCUCUCCUCAGUCCUCUCUUCUCUCACCUCAGUCCUCUCUUCUCUCACCUCAGUUCUCUCUUCUGUAG